AUUGUUUCCAUUUAAGCGUUAACACCAUAAAUGAUACGAAGCAUUUUCCACAAUAGUGUUACUAUAGUUUACAACAACUUACUGAGCAUUAUAUAUUUAUAUAGCAUGAAUUCGAUAUCUUUUUAGUGUACGAUUCUUGGAGCCGAUAUCCAAACGGCAUACUGUCGGGUAGAACGCAUCACAUGGGUGUGUACAGUGAAUGCAUUGACGUGCAUCAGCCUGUUCAAGGACAGUACUGCAUGACAAGUACAAAGCUCAAUGCGGUCGAAGGUGCAAAACCGGUAGAAUUUCAAAAAAAGGACGAGACGGAAACUUACGAUCACGCUUGGAACGAAAUACUCGGGUUGAUCGACUACGAAGACCGAUACCGGAGAAACGAAGUGAAAAUAGGCAUAUGCAUACCGGAUUCUUGUACCGCCGCGAAUCUCGAAACGUCGUUACAGAAAGAGCUGGACAUCGUAUUUUCACCUCACCGUGUACAACCCCAAGUCAAAGUCGACCCCAUGUUGUGUACCACGGACAAGAAUAUGUACCCGUAUGAUACCGGAUAUUAUGUCACCAGUUCCAUAAUGUACUUAUUGCUGGUAAUCUGUUGCAUGUCUACAUUAAUCCACAUUAUAGUAAUGACUAUAACGAAAGAAAAUACAAAUGAUAUCUUACCAAAGUACAUGUAUUGGUUUUCGGUUAUUCAUAACGGCAGAAACUUAAUCAAACACGACAAAAACAACGAGCUGAAUGUUUUUAAUGGUUUCAAAGCAGUGACGAUGGUGAUGAUAUUAUUCGGUCAUAAAUUCAUAUUCCAUUCAACGAGUCCCAUAUUGUACACGAUGAACAAUGAAAUGAUUUACAGGAUAGGACCAGACAUUUUACUGACGAGCAUGAAUGUAGUAGACCCUUUUUUCUACAUAACUGGUUUUCUCAUGUACGUCAUGGUCAAGCCACAGCUAAUCAAACGAGGAGCAGGUUGGAUCCAGAUACCGAUGAUAAUAUUUUACAAGUAUCUGAGGACUAUGCCGGCAUAUGGAGCGACGAUGCUAUUGACGGCGUAUUUCAUACCGUACAUGUACAAUGGCCCCUUCUGGGCGUCCAGAAUGUGGCCCGAGGCGCAGAAAUGUAAAAACUACUGGUGGGCAAAUGUGUUGGCGAUCAGUAACUUCAUAGAAGUCGACGACCAGUGUCUCAUAGUCGGGUGGUACAUUUCUUGUUUGCUGCAGUUCAUCGUCAUCGGUACCAUACUCAUCAACUUAUGUGUAAAGUAUCGGAAAAUCGGUGUGGGUGGCAUAGUAGUAUGUCUGUGCAUAUCGUUAGUCAUACCGUUUAUUUCGACUUACGUCACUCGAUCGUAUGGCAUAAUCAGAGUGAUGAUACCAUUUCUCGAGAAUCCAAGCACCUCCUAUGAGUUCCAGAAUUUUUACAGGCCAUUCUAUAUGAGAGGCAUUCCGUUUACGCUGGUCUGUUGGCGGGCAUUAUGGUCGAAGAAUUGAAGAAAAAGGAAAUCAAACCAUCCAAAUGCGUCGUUUACGUUUGGACAUUUAUCAUAACCACCGUGUGCAGUCUGGUCCAAAACUACGGUUCGGUUUUUUACGAGAG